AUGGAUGAAACACAUAACAACAGGACUUCCUUGGCUAAAGGUGCCAAGGACAUCGCUAAAGAAGCCAAGAGGCAAACUGCCAAAAAUUUGGGCAAAGCUGUUGAUCGUGCCGCAGAUGAAUACUCCUCUCAUCGCAGCUAUAACCGCUUCCAGAACGAGGACGAAGAGGAGAACAACUACAACACUUACGGUCAGCAAGACGGCCACGGCGCUGACAACGCAGCCAACGACGAGGACGGGGCCUCCAGCGACGCCACGGAGGGCCACGACGACGAAGAUGAGAUCUACGAGGGGGAGUACCAAGGCGUGCCGGCCCGCAACGAUGGGAAGCAGCGGGACGGUCAGGUGGCUCUGGGCCAGCCGGUUUCUGACAGUCUAAAGAGCCGCAAGGAGCUGGAAAAUGAGAGACAGUCAGACGAGGAGGAGCUCGCCCAGCAGUACGAGCUGAUCAUGCAGGAGUGCGGCCACGGGAGAUUCCAGUGGCAGCUGUUCUUCGUGCUCGGGCUGGCGCUCAUGUCAGACGGCGUGGAGGUGUUCGUAGUGGGCUUCGUCCUGCCGAGUGCUGAGACAGACAUGUGUGUCCCCAACUCUGGUGCCGGAUGGCUCGGUAGCGUCGUGUAUCUAGGGAUGAUGUUUGGAGCCUUCUUCUGGGGCGGCCUGUCAGAUAAGUUGGGCCGUAAACAGUGCCUGCUGAUUUCCCUGUCUGUCAACGGCUUCUUCGCCUUCCUCUCCUCCUUCGUCCAAGGCUACGGCAUGUUCCUCGUCUGCCGCAUGGUGUCUGGCUUCGGGAUUGGUGGAGCGGUACCGAUCGUAUUCUCCUACUUUGCGGAGGUGUUGGCUCGGGAGAAAAGAGGAGAGCAUCUGAGCUGGCUGUGCAUGUUCUGGAUGAUCGGAGGAAUCUACGCCUCAGCCAUGGCCUGGGCCAUCAUCCCACACUAUGGCUGGAGUUUCAGCAUGGGUUCAGCCUACCAGUUCCACAGCUGGAGAGUGUUUGUGGUGGUGUGUGCGCUGCCGUGCGUCUCUGCAGUGGUAGCUCUCACUUUUAUGCCUGAGAGCCCUCGCUUCUUCCUGGAGAUGGGUAAACAUGACGAGGCCUGGAUGGUGCUCAAACACAUCCAUGACACCAAUAUGCGAGCCCGCGGAGAGCCUGAGAGAGUCUUCACUGUGAACAGGAUAAAAAUCCCCAAACAGCUGGACGAGCUGGUGGAGAUGCAGAAUGAGUCAGCCAACCCUGCUCUCAAGGUCCUCCUCAAGAUCAAGGCUGAGCUCAGAGGAAUCUGGUUGACUUUCAUGAGAUGCUUCGACUACCCAGUGAAAGACAACACUAUAAAACUGGCUAUAGUCUGGUUUACGUUGUCUUUUGGAUACUACGGGCUCUCUGUGUGGUUCCCGGACGUCAUCAAGCACCUUCAGGCCGACGAGUACGCCUCCAGAGUGAAGAUCUACAACAACGAACGCAUCGAGGACUUCACCUUCAACUUCACCCUGGAGAACCAGAUCCACAGAAACGGACUCUUUCUAAAUGACAGGUUCAUCAGUAUGAAGUUCAAGGCGGUCACAUUCAUCGACUCGUCUUUCAUCAACUGCUACUUCGAAGAUGUCACCUCCAUAGUUUCCUUCUUCAAAAACUGCACCUUUGUGGACUCCUUCUUUUACAACACGGAUAUCGACGACACCAAACUAACAAACUCCAGAGUGGCCAACAGCUCCUUCCACCACAACAAGACGGGCUGUCAGAUGACGUUCGACGAUGAUUACAGCGCCUACUGGGUCUACUUCGUCAACUUCCUGGGAACGCUGGCUGUGCUGCCCGGAAACAUCGUCUCUGCCCUCCUCAUGGACAAAAUAGGACGUCUUAGCAUGUUAGGAGGCUCCAUGGUGCUGUCAGGCAUCAGCUGCUUCUUCCUUUGGUUCGGCACCAGCGAGUCCAUGAUGAUCUUCAUGCUCUGUCUCUACAACGGCCUCAGUAUCUCCGCCUGGAACUCCCUGGAUGUGGUCACCACGGAGCUCUACCCAACAGACAGGAGGGGCACUGGCUUUGGCUUCUGUAACGCCAUGUGUAAGCUGGCAGCGGUAAUGGGCAACCUGAUCUUUGGCUCGCUGGUUGGCAUCACCAAGGCGAUCCCCAUCCUGAUGGCGUCGUCUGUGUUGGUUGGCGGCGGGCUGGUGGGGCUCCGACUGCCAGACACACGCGCCAAUGUCCUCAUGUAAACCUCGACACUGACCAGCGUGUUGUUUACCAGGUGUUCACUGAAUAACCAUCCAUUCAUGGACUGUGAUUUAUUUGAUUAUCACUGAAACAAGCUUUGCUGCCACGAUUCUUGUAUUUAUUAUUUGGUGAAUAAUGUUGACUAACAAGUCGAGAACAUGUGAUUGUUAUUCUGUUAUGUCUGAGUGAAACACCUGGUAAAUAAUACAGCACAAUGACUUAACUAUGAGCUGUAGAUAUAAAGAGUUUAAACACUACAAUCAAAGAAAAAAAAUGUGUCAGCGGCUGGUUGCCAAAGCUCUGAGCAUUCCUGUCGGAACUGUUCAGAGACAAGUGGUGAUAAAAGCUCUGUAUAUCAGCAGCUCAUUAGCUGUUUCACACAUGCAGCCCACAAAUGCAUGUGUCAACGCUGCAAAAGGCUUGGACUUCACACAACCUUACCCUUCCAAAUCCUGCUCAGAUUAAAGGAAUAGUUUGACAUUGUGGGAAAUACGCUUAUUUAAAGGCACAGCAGCCGCUUAUCUAACCUUAGCUUAGCUUAGCUUAAAGACUGGAAGCAGGGGAAAAAAGCUAGCCUGGCUGAACGUAUCGUCAUACAACGGUUCGUAUGAUAUCUUACAAAAAGUUAUUCCUCAUUUUUCGUGCAUUUUCCUACGAAUGUCCAGCAACACGUGUCGAUUUCUGCUCAUUACAUGCAUACAGUCUUUUCAAAAUAAACUUCCAUCUUGGUUAGGCUUAAGAAAAGAUCGUGGUUUGGGUUAAAAUAACUACGCUUGAAAUACUUUGUUAGUUUUAAGGCAA